AUGGUCAUGAUUGAGACAUUCAUCGGCAUGGCCAAAUACCUAAUGCCUAGAUAUGAUGAUGAUUGGAGUGAUCGUUUACACUACAUGUUCACUCCAAACAUACUUCUGGCUUUUUCCGUUUUGAUAUCUUUCAAGCAAUUUGGUGGUCGACCUAUCGAAUGCAUGUUCCCUAAUAAGUUUCCUGGAAGUUGGGAGCAAUAUGCGGAAAACUAUUGCUGGUCACAGGACACCUAUUUCGUGGAGAAACAACAACAUGUAGAACUAUUAGAAACCGAGAAUCGUUAUUCCCGAGAGAGACAACUGUCUUACUACCAAUGGGUUCCGUUUUUCCUUUUACUGCAAGCCGCCUUCUUUCGAGCUCCAAGUAUUUUUUGGAAGUAUUUUUGCAAUACAACAGGUAUCAGAAUUCACGAAGUUGUUGAAAGAGCUAGGGAUUCUGCUAAUGUUGAAGAAGAUGUGAAAGAAAAAAAUGUCAACGUACUCGUCAGACACAUGAAAAAUGCUCUCCGUUUUCAGAACAGAAUUGAGAGAAACGGGGUUGUUGUUCAUCGCACUUUUCGAUUCCUCAAUUUUCAAUAUUCAUCCUCGUUCAUCUCUACUGUUUAUUUGAUAACCAAAGUUUUUUAUUUGGUUAAUGUGGUGUUCCAGCUGUGGUUGAUGAACACUUUCCUCAAAACAAACUCGAAUGAAUGGUAUGGUUAUGGAGUAGUGAAAAGUCUUAUCAAUGGAACAAACUGGGAAACCAGUGGUUACUUUCCCAGAGCUGCGGUUUGUGAUUUCGAGGUUCGCCAAGUUGCUAACAUUCAAAAGUAUUCCGUUCAAUGUGUACUGGUUAUCAACAUUUUCAACGAAAAGAUAUUUGUUCUCUUGUGGUUUUGGUAUUCGAUGAUCUUCGUAUGUGCCUUGAUAACCUUUGUUCAAUGGUUUGCUGUACUUGUCCUUCCAUGUUUCCCCCGAUGGUUCAUCAAUCAGCAUUUGCAACUCAGUGCCUUGGAAAAUUUCAAUCCAAAUAGUCAUAGAGAUGCACUAAAUGUAAAACGAUUCGUCACUAAAUAUCUUCGUCGCGAUGGUGUUUUCGUACUUCGAAUGGUAUCUUCCCAUGCGGGGAUAAUAUUCGGAUCAGAUUUGGUUUUAGCCUUAUGGAGAUACUACGAUGACCAAGAACAGAGAAAAUCCUUGGGGUUAUCAGAUCUCUCCCCUCUUACUGAUCAGGACAGUUUGCGGAAGCGUAAAACCAGCAGAUUGUCGUUUAUGUGUGAAGGAGAUUCUGAUUUUGGCACCACUCUCGUUCCAUUAUCCCCCGAAGAAGAAAAAAAAAGUUUAUCAGAAAGAAGUGAAAGAAAUCAUCAACCAAAUCGAGACUUCGAUGAUUAG